UAAGCCUAUGCGGAUCUCCUGAGCUGAAUGAGGAAGUUGAGAAGCAGCAGGAGCAGAAGCGCAGUUCUGAGCUCUCUCUGACAGCGAGUACUUUAACACCGGUCUUCACACAGCCAUGGCGCAAGCGGAUAUUGCACUCAUUGGUUUGGCCGUCAUGGGUCAGAAUCUGAUCCUGAACAUGAACGACCAUGGCUUUGUUGUCUGUGCAUACAACAGAACAGUGUCUAAGGUGCACGACUUCUUGAAAAAUGAAGCUAAGGGCACCAAAGUGAUUGGUGCAGAAUCUCUAGAGGACAUGGUCUCUAAGUUGAAGACCCCUCGCCGCAUUGUACUCCUAGUCAAAGCUGGCCAGGCUGUGGAUGACUUCAUAGAUAAGCUGGUUCCUCUUCUCCAGCCUGGCGACAUCAUCAUUGAUGGGGGCAAUUCUGAAUACAGAGACACAACACGUCGGUGUCAGAGUUUGAAGGCCAAAGGUCUGCUGUUUGUGGGCAGUGGUGUUAGUGGGGGAGAAGAGGGCGCACGCUAUGGACCUUCACUAAUGCCAGGCGGACACAAGGAAGCAUGGCCACACAUAAAAGAUAUUUUCCAGAGCAUUGCUGCCAAGGUUGGCACAGGGGAGCCCUGUUGUGACUGGGUUGGAGAUGAGGGGGCAGGACACUUUGUAAAGAUGGUACACAAUGGCAUUGAGUAUGGAGACAUGCAGCUGAUCUGCGAGGCCUAUCACCUGAUGAAAGAUGUCCUAGGCAUGGACCAUGACGAGAUGGCACAGGCUUUUGACCAGUGGAAUAAAACAGAGCUGGACUCCUUCCUCAUUGAAAUCACAGCCAACAUCCUCAAGUUCAAAGAUUCUGAUGGCAAACAUCUGCUGCCCAAAAUCAGAGACAGUGCAGGACAGAAGGGGACAGGGAAAUGGACUGCCAUCUCUGCCUUGGAGUAUGGUGUACCAGUCACACUUAUUGGAGAGGCUGUCUUUGCCAGAUGUCUCUCCUCUCUGAAAGAAGAGCGAGUGCUGGCCAGUAAGAGUCUCACAGGACCCCAGGGAGCCAAAUUUACUGGAGACAAGGCCAAAUUUCUUGAAGACAUUAGAAAGGCUCUGUAUGCCUCAAAGAUCAUUUCAUACGCUCAGGGCUUCAUGCUUCUGCGCCAGGCAGCUAAUGAGUUUGGCUGGUCUCUCAACUAUGGAGGUAUCGCUCUGAUGUGGAGGGGUGGCUGCAUUAUUCGGAGUGUUUUCUUGGGAAAGAUCAAGGAGGCAUUUGAUCGUGACUCAAAUCUGCAGAAUCUGCUCCUAGACGACUUCUUCAGUAAUGCUGUACAGGACUGCCAGGCUUCAUGGCGGCGGGUUGUAAGUAAAGGAGUCGAGCUGGGGAUCCCCAUGCCUUCCUUCACUACAGCACUGUCCUUCUAUGAUGGCUACAGACAUGCCAUGCUCCCAGCUAACCUGCUGCAGGCUCAGAGGGACUACUUUGGUGCUCACACAUAUGAGUUGCUCUCAAACCCUGGCCAGUUUAUCCAUACCAACUGGACAGGCCAUGGUGGAAACGUGUCCUCAACAUCCUACAAUGCCUAAACUCAGAAUCCCAUUCCAACAAACAUCAGCAAGCUCCAUUGUCUGAGACUGAGGGACCAAGACAACUGAGCAAGAUACAUUUCACCUGCACUUGAUUACUGAGUAAUGAAUACAGCAUCACUUAAAAUUAUUUAAAGGUUUUAUGACGUCUUUAAGUAAAGCAGAGUUCUACUGAUGAUGAAGUUUUGAUAUCAAUAGUGUGUUUACUGUUUCCAGAUUCUCUCUUUCUCUUUCUGUUAGUAGUGUGAACUAAAGUUUAGGGGUAGGCCUUUGUGCUGUUACUGAGGCCAUGCCUGGGAUCGUGUUUUGCCCCACAGUGUUGACCAUGGAUUACGGUUAACUGUUGCACUGUAUCAGGCUAAAUAAAGACUACAAUCCCUUUUUAA